CCAAGUUCAUUCGAACUCCGAAGAGAUCACGUGAAUGUUGAUAUCGCGUGAAUUCAGACUCCGACUUCUUCUCAUCCUGCUCUUUCCCUCAUCGUUGGGGCUGCCUCGUCCAAUUAAUCCUUAGGGCCUGGGUGGUACCUCAGUCUUUGGCGACCUUCCGAAACCUCCUUCUGAUGCUGGACUGUUGGGUGUCUCUAUGUGCGAUGACUGGUACUCGGUUACUCUCUGCUCGCUCUCUCCCAUGUCUGGACGAUGCUUUAGCGACGAUAAAUACUGUGCAAAUAAGCAAUACCUCUAUGUAUGCACUGUAUUAUCUCAUCUCUUCCUGGUGCGCCGCAUUUUUUAGCGAUCCUUGCGAGGUACUGACACACAGUUACAGCGCUUGGUGCUAGGCAUGCGCAAUCUCAGGUGUUAACAUCCAUCUCUGGUAUUUCGGACCUUACAAGCCUGGUCUACCUGCACUGUUCUCGUGUGCACGGUUACUGAGAACACGGUGAGGUAUCUCUUUUGUAACAGGCUCAUACGAUAGAUCUGGGUUAUAUAUGUCUGGUAUCAUAUCAUAUAGCAUAGUAUUGUGUUAGUUCACAGCCUAAAUGAAAAUGGUUUUUCUGUUACCUCUGCCC